UUUGGGAUAAAGAAACCUGUGUAGCUCCUCUCUCUCUCUCUCUCUCUCUCUCUCUCUCUACACGCCCUUAACAGGAGCAACAUUGGCCACCUCCUGAAAUGGAAGCUGAAGCUGAGAUCCAUGAAGAAGCCGAAGAGAUGGGCUCACAGACGCCUAAGCAAACAGUGAAGGCAAGAUCAAGAAGACCUCCACACAAUUACGUGGCCAUCGUGAAAGAUUCCGACGUGCCCAUUCAAACUUUCCCUCUCUACAUGCUCUGCGAUCAGCUCUACGACGGAGUGGUUCUGCAACAGGGGAAGAGAAAGUACUGGGUCGACAGGCAUCUGAACAAGAAUUGCUUCAUGGUGUUUGCGAGGGAGCUUGCAAUUGCAUGGGGCGACUCCGACAAGUACUGGGGAUGGACGACCGUCAAAGAGUCCGGUAAUGUGGAUGUUGAGGUAGCUUCACUGAGAAGUGUGUGCUGGCUGGAAAUCAGUGGGAAGUUCCGAACGAUCAUGCUCUCUCUGAAGACCUUGUAUGAAGUUUCGUUGGUGGCAAAAAUGACCGAGUCAAGUCGGGGUUGGAGCGUUCCUCUGAAGAUCGACAUUACUUUACCGGAUGCAUCGAAGCGGGAAUGCAUGGGGAAUUUGCACGAUAAGCCCCGCGGAGAGUGGAUAAACAUUGUGAUGGGGGAAUUCAUGACGUCGUCCCAAAAUAUCGGAGAAAUCAAAUUUUGUAUAACCGAAACCAGUCCUAUUUGGAAAGAGGGGCUAGUCGUCAAGGGUGUUGCUUUUCGACCCAAAAAUCGAAGUCAAUAGGUGAGGCUUUGGCUAUUAGUUUCUUAUGUUCAUAAGAAAAAAAAGAAAAAACAGCAUUGAUUAAUGUAUUGUUGUCACGACUCGCGUAUGUUUGUGGGUACUGGUAA